AUGGCGAGGUUCCUGCGCCAGUCGGCGCAGCUUGCGCAAGCUGUCAGGAUUGCGCAGCACCCGAUCACACGGAUGCGUUUCCAGCCGUCGAGAAUAGCACGACUUGCCCCGCAGGCACCCCUCGCCGCAUACCGAUCGCAGUUCUAUUCAACAAAUAACAAGCCAGAAUCUCCCAAGAAGAAAAACGAAAAGAAAACUAAGAAAGAGGACGCAGAGGCAGACCAACACAAGAAGCUGGACAAGGAGGCAGACAAAUUUAAGCAGGAGAACGAGGAAGGAAAGAAGCCAGAAGAGGAGACCGACCCCGAAAAGCUUCGCUUGGCCAAGGAGGAGCUUAUACGGAAAGAAUGGCCGCUUCCCAAGAACUGGGUGUACCUGACGGAGGAGGAGCUUGUCAUGCUGAAGACUAUGGCCUAUAACCCAGCUCUACCUGGGUUCCAGAAGGACUUCCUCCUGAAGAGCGUCGAGGAGAUAAGGCUACUGGGAGUCCCCGAGGAAUUGAAGGAGAUUCUGCACUCGCUACAGGACGGCAAAAAGGACAUAAGCUUUCGCGAAAUGGCCAAGCUCAUCCGCGUCUCAGCACAGAUUACGAGCAGAUGCGCCCAAUACGAAGCGAUGACCAAGAUGAGUGAGGAGGAGAAGGCAGCAAUGAAGGAGAUAGAUCAGGCGAAGAAGGAUCACUGGGAAAGCAAGCAGAAGGAGGAGCGGGGCCGAAAGUCUGAGUCGGGCGAGGGCGGUAACGAAGGAUCGGGCAAAAAUAAGUGGCUUUUCGGCAUGUUCAGCACUGGCGAUCUCGUCGUCGCUGCCAUCGUCUGGGCGGUGAUUCUGCCGUUCUUCGAGUCUCUGCUGUGGGGUUCCGAGAAGGAGAUCACUUGGCAGGAGUUGCGCAGGAACUUCCUGGACAAGGGACUCGUCAACAAGCUCGUGGUCAUCAAGACGUCUGGCCGUGUUCGUGUCGAGCUGAAUCGCGAGGGUGUCCAGUCUGUGUACGGCGGCAACGAGGGCGUCAACCCCAACAUGCAGUACUACUUCUCCAUCGGCUCCGUCGAAAUGUUUGAGAAGCAGCUGGAGGACGCCCAGCGGGAGCUGGGUAUCCCGCCUGCAGAGCGCAUCCCGGUGAGCUAUGCCACCGAGGGUGGCAUCAUGCCCUUGGUCUACGCUUUUGGUCCGACCCUCCUCUUGGUUGGUCUCCUGUACUACACCACGAAGCAAAUGGGUGGACGUGGAGGCAACCAGAUGUUUGGAUUCGGUAAGAGCAAGGCUAAGCGUUUCAACCACGAGACAGCAAUCAAGGUCAAGUUCAACGAUGUUGCCGGCAUGGACGAGGCCAAGACGGAGAUUAUGGAGUUUGUCAGCUUCUUGAAGACCCCAGAGCGCUUCGAGAGGUUAGGCGCCAAGAUUCCGCGUGGUGCCAUUCUUUCUGGACCCCCUGGAACUGGUAAGACGCUUCUUGCCAAGGCCACGGCAGGCGAGUCUGGUGUUCCCUUCUUCAGCGUUUCCGGCUCUGAGUUUGUCGAGAUGUUCGUCGGUGUCGGUCCUUCCAGAGUGCGCGACCUCUUCGCCACGGCUCGUAAGAACGCGCCCUGCAUCAUCUUCAUUGACGAAAUCGAUGCCAUUGGUCGCGCGAGACAGGACGGCAACCGCCCGGGCGGCAGUAACGACGAGCGCGAGGCUACCCUCAACCAGAUCCUCACCGAGAUGGACGGUUUCAACACUCAGGAGCAGGUCGUCGUUCUCGCCGGUACCAACAGAGCCGAUAUCCUUGACAAGGCUCUGAUGCGUCCUGGCCGUUUCGACAGACACAUCUACAUUGACCGCCCGACAAUGAAGGGCCGCCAAGAAAUCUUCAAGGUGCAUCUUGCAAAGAUCGUUACCAAGGAGGAGAUGGAGCACUUGACCGGUCGUCUGGCGACUCUCACCCCCGGCUUCUCUGGCGCUGACAUUGCCAACGCCGUCAACGAAGCCGCUCUUGUUGCUGCCCGUGCCAAUGCCGAGUCUGUUGAGAUGAUCCACUUUGAGCAAGCCAUUGAGCGUGUUAUCGGAGGUCUCGAGCGCAAGUCCCUUGUCCUCAACCCCAAGGAGAAGAGAACGGUCGCCUACCACGAGGCCGGCCACGCCAUCUGCGGCUGGUACUUUGAGUUCGCCGAUCCCCUUCUCAAGGUCUCCAUCAUCCCUCGUGGACAGGGCGCUCUGGGUUACGCCCAGUACCUGCCCUCAGGCGAUGCCUACCUGAUGACAGUGCAACAGCUGAUGGACCGUAUGGCCAUGACCCUGGGCGGCCGCAUCUCUGAGGAGCUGCACUUCCCAACCGUCACGACCGGUGCCAGCGACGACUUCCGCAAGGUCACCCAGAUGGCUCGCAAGAUGGUCACCCAGUGGGGCAUGUCGGAGAAGGUCGGCCCGCUGCACUUUGAUGACGACCCAAACACUCUCCAGAAGCCCUUCGCCGAGGCGACGGCGCAGGCCAUCGACGCCGAGGUACACCGCAUCGUGGAGGAGGCGUACAAGCAGUGCCGCGAGCUGCUGACGGAGAAGAAGCACGAGGUCGGUCUCGUCGCGGAGGAGCUCCUGAAGAAGGAGAUGCUCACCCGUGACGAUCUCGUCCGCAUCCUCGGACCGAGACCGUUCGGCGACCACCAGGAGUUUGAGAAGUACUUUGGCGGCCAGGGCCAGAAGAGCGCGCCGCCGCCGCCCCCUCAGGAGACGGAGAACACGGACUCUCCGCCCGAGAACCCGCCCGUCGGCCCCACGCCCACCUUCAAGAGCUUGGAGGACAGCCAGGACAGGUCGAGGAGAUGA